AUGCAGAGAGGAUUCGAGGACGAGGUCGCCCUCGCAAACGAACCCAUGAUCACUGUGAAAGUUGAUUAUGACUGCAAGACUGUGUUCAUGGUCCCUGAAGAUAGCAUACGCGCCUCAUCCGAGUUUGUCGAUGCAGCGAUGAGAGGACCAUGGCAGGAAUCGCAGCAGCGAUCCAUCUCACUACCCGAAUUUGGCAAGCAAACCUUCGGCGUCUACUUUCACUGGCUUCUUACAGGUGUCGUUCACAGUAGACAACGUUGCGAUUACCAACUAUCGGCCUUGUUUAACGAGCUCUUGAGGUUACCUGCAUUGUUUGACCUAGGUCAUUACCUACUCGACACCAACUUUAGAGAUGCUGUAAGCGACAGUCUGAUGCAAUGCGCAAGCGAAAUAAAGCGCAACCCAUUCCCGUUUCCACUAGACUACGCCUCGGAUUUCUACAAGAACGUACCCUCUGGAUCGCCCACUAGAAAGCUAGUUGCAGACCUCAUUGCAUGGACAAUGGACGAACACGAACUUCACGUUUUGGCGACAGGAAAGGUCACUAUGGAACCGGACCUAUUACUGGAUAUCCUCCUAGCCGUUGGUGGAAGAUACAUCACUCGACCACCCAGCAAUUCGCCAUUUGAUGGCUGGAAGACGAGCUGCAAGUACCACUGUCACGGCGAUGAGAAGCCUUGCUACCGAAAGAAAUCUGGAACGUACGUAGUAUCCUUUGCUCACGCCGUGAUCACAGUUGAAUGGGUCUAG